AUGGCGGCCAGCUCGGAGCGCAGUCCUCCGCCUUUCCCGGACUCAGAGGAGCCCGAGCUGCUGGAGGACAGCGACGAGGAAGCGGAUGCGUUCACCGGCACGUCAAUUUCUGAGAUGGAUUCUCCGUCACCGGACUCAACCAGACCUCCUAAAGACAUCUUCAACGAGCCACCAGAAGACAUCUUCAGCGAUCCUCUUAGCAACAUUAACUCUGAACCCCAGAAGAAAGUAGACGCCAAGAUCCCUUCUCCUAGUAGCGAUGAGGCCGUCGACCUGUUCAGCGACCCGCUGGACGAUGAUAGCGAAGUAAUGAGUUCACCUGAGGUCCAGAAUCCCAUGCCAGAUCUCUUGAACGAGCCUGUAGAAGCGCCAAAGUCUGAUGUCCUCGGUGAACCACCAGUGCACAGAAACGCAGCCCGACAUCAGGAUGUUUUUGAAGACCCUCCGAAGAGCAGCAGCAAAAGCUCUUCCGUCAAGAAAGCAGCGAGUGCGGAGAUGUUCGGUGACGACGAUGAUGAGGAGGAUCUGUUUAAGGAGCCGCCAAAAGUUGUGACGAAGAAGCCUCAGCCCUCGGGACCACCUGUUGAUGUUUUCACAGAGGUGAAAUCAGACGUGAAGGUCAAGCCACAGGUUAAAGACGACCCCACGGAUCUGUUCGCUGAGGAAGCCUUGACGGCACCUGCCCCCAAACCCUCCUCCGGCAGCAGCAGCUCCAGGACCAACGGGGUUCACUCUGAGGAGCAGGAUCUCUUCUCAGAAGCUACAGUGGAGUUGUCUCUGGACAGUCCUUGUAAUGACCGCAAGAACAAAGAAGCUGUGAAACCGUCAGUAUCGGCUCCUGCCGCCCCUGUAGCCAGCAGCUCCAGCAAAGCUCCGUCCAAAUCCCUGGAGGAGCUUGAGGAAGAGGAAAGUGAGGACAAGUUUGAUCUGAACAUUUCUAUCACGAAUCCAGAGAAAGUCGGUGAUGGUAUGAACGCUUAUAUGGCCUACAAAGUUUCAACACAGACGUCUUUAACCAUGUUCCGUAGCAAGACGUUUACCGUUCGCAGACGUUUCAGUGAUUUCCUGGGAUUGUUCGAAAAGCUCUCGGAGAAACACUCACAGAAUGGAUACCUCAUACCUCCACCGCCAGAGAAGAGCAUCCUGGGUAUGACAAAAGUCAAAGUCGGGAAGGAGGACCCAUCGUCAGCAGAGUUUGUGGAGCGGAGGAGGGCUGCUCUUGAGAGGUAUCUUCAGAGGGUUGUGAGUCACCCGUCUCUACUGCAGGACCCUGAUGUGAGAGAGUUUUUGGAGAAAGAGGAGUUACCCAGAGCAGUCAGCACACAGGCUCUGAGUGGAGCCGGCUUCCUUAAAAUGCUAAACAAAGCCACGGAUGCUGUGAGUAAGAUGACCAUCAAGAUGAAUGAACAGGAUGUGUGGUUUGACGAGAAGAUCCAGGAUGUAGAAAAUGAAGAGCAGCAUUUGCGGAAACUUCACGUCAUGGUGGAAUCGCUUGUCAAUCACAGAAAAGAGUUGUCUGGGAACACGGCUGUGUUUGCGAAGAGCGUGGCAAUGUUGGGCAGCUCGGAGGACAACACGGCUCUGUCGCGAGCUCUGUCUCAGCUGGCCGAGGUGGAAGAUCGAAUCGAGCAGCUCCAUCAGGAACAGGCCUCCAACGACUUCUUCACCUUCUCAGAGCUGCUGGCGGAUUAUAUACGUCUGCUGGGAGCCGUCAGGGGGUGUUUUGAUCAGAGAAUGAAAGCAUGGCAGCGCUGGCAGGACGCUGAGAACAUGCUGCAGAAGAAAAGAGAGGCCGAGGCCAAACUCCUGUGGGCCAACAAACCUGACAAACUCCAGCAGGCCAAGGAUGAGAUCACUGAGUGGGAAGCAAAAGUCACGCAGUAUGAGAGAGAAUUUGAGAGAAUCUCAGCCACCGUACGGAAAGAAGUCAUCCGAUUUGAUAAAGAGAAAGCUCGAGAUUUUAAUAGACAAGUCAUCAAAUAUCUAGAGUCUCUGCUGCACUCACAACAACAGCUGAUAAAAUACUGGGACGCGUUUCUGCCAGAGGCGAAAGCGAUCGUGUGAGGCGGCGUCUGCGCACAAACACAAACUCACCGAUAACCGAGGCCUUUCUACACUCUUUACCUCUCGCCUAUAAACCAAGAGAAAUCGCGCUGCAAAGGGAAAUCGUCUAUCCGGCCGCUCGUUACUCUGAUUUAGUUAGUAACUUGUAUAUUUUCUGUGUAAUCUUCACCGUUAUUUUCUUACAUUGCAUCUUUAUUGUUUUGGGGAUGUGAAUGCAUGUGGUGGCUGGUUGUCUUCCUCGUCUAUAUGCAACCAAACCUCUUUCACUUGGAUUUGUUACUCGUCAGUGGUGAUGUCAAUGGUUUACACUAGAGGGCGCUCGCCGAUCAUUCAUAUACUCGCGCUCUAAGAAACUUCCCAUCAGGCCAUUUGUGUGACCUGUCAAGAAGUUUGUACCAAUUAAGGAGGGUUUUCAGAGACUAAUAGUGACCUUGUUUGUUUUAGACGUCCAGAAUAUUGGUAUAUACACUUUUAAACACCAUGAUGACAUUGUAUUUUGCAAGUAAAAGAGGUUGUAAUACAGUUAUUAGGGAAUGUUGAAAUAUAAUGACUGAAACUGGCUGGAUGCAGUGGAAAUGACAGGAACUGUAUAUGUCAACACUUCUACUCAUUGAUCAGCCUGAUAGAAAUUCAUCAGUGAUUUUUUUUUUCUUUUUUUUUCCAAAGGAUCAUUUUAAAUCUUCUAUAGAUUUAGGAUCAUGUUUCUAUGUACAGUGCGCAAACGCACUCCUAAUGUGUUUAAUAUCAAUAUCAGAUCUCUUUAACCUGGUCAAAUAGGAAGCCCAAAGCACUUCAGUCUUAAAGUUGGUUUUCUUUGUUAAUUAUUUCAUUCCUUUUCUCUUCAUUUACUUAAUUUUAAGUUUUCAUUUGUAGACAUUUAUGCCAACAUGUUAUUUUGUGUCAAACCAUAUUUGUUAUCCACUCGAAUCUGUCAUGUUAUAAUAAUUAAUAACCUUUUGCUAUGCUACUAAUAAUGAUUAAAUUGUUUCUACAUCAGAUUUUUUUUUUUUUUUAUACAUUUUGCUGCUGUUAGAUUCAUUGUCAUUCAUAGCGUUUUGUUGUUUGUUUGUUUAUUAGUUUGCUUCAUGAAUGAUAUUUUGGGCCCUGCUGUAAUGACACUUUGAACAGACAUCAACAGGUUCAACUUCACCGUUAGGUGCCAUAAUAAUCAAAAGUUUGUUUAUUAGAAAAAUG